ACCCCCAUGUACUUUUUCAUCAGCAAUCUGGCAUUCCUGGAAAUCUGGUUUACAUCCUCCACAACUAUCAAAUUGUUGGUGAUUCUGAGCUCUGGCAGGAGAACAAUCUCAUUAAGCAGCUGCUUUGCCCAGUCCUAUUUCUAUUUUUCCCUGGGUGGUACAGAGUUCACUCUCCUUGUUGUCAUGUCCUUUGACCGCUACCUUGCCAUCUGCCAACCUUUGCAUUAUGCUGCUGUCAUGAAGUGGCAGCUCUGCACCCACCUCGUUGUUGCUGCUUGGGUCAUAGGCUUCACACUCUCGAGUUCCCGCCUGGUCCUGCUCUCAAAGCUGACUUUCUGUGGCCCAAACAAGAUCCACCAUUUUUUUUGUGACAACUCUCCCUUGUUCAAACUGUCCUGCUCUGACACCAGCCUGCUUUGGAAAGCAGACUCUCUUUUCAUAUCAUUUGUAGUGCUGGGUUCCUUAUGUUUAGUCCUGGUGUCCUACAUGUGCAUCUUCCAUUGUAUUCUGCACAUGCCAUCAGCAUCUGGGAGGAAGAAAGCUUUUGCUACAUGUUCUUCCCAUCUCAUCAACUUAGCCAUCGGAUAUGGAAGCUGCAUUGUGCUCUAUGCACGACCCUCAGAAGAUGUUUCCUUGGAGACCAACGGAACCGUAGCUUUGCUGAACACUGUCCUGUACCCAUUCUUAAAUCCCUUCAUCUACAGUCUC